AUGAAUAGAAUAAACAGUAAUGUUGACUUGGAACUUACAAAAUUAAAAACUCUUAGAAAGAGAAUAAAGUUAAUACAUUAGAGACAAUUAACAGAUCUGGUAAACUCCUACAAAAAAGGUAAGGAGGGCAGUCCAAAUAAAGGGGACAGAAAUAACGGUGACACUUCUUAAGGCUUGAAGUCCAGAGGUAUGACAGGGUCAAAAAGUCGUGAACAAGAGGACUAUGCUGAUUUUUUAGAUCCUAAAUGGCUAUAAAUUAAAACUCCUUCAGAUAAUCAAAGAUUUAGAAGCACAGCUAACAGCUCUGCUUUAACUCCUAUGAGAAUGAUAUAAAAAGCGAUUACUAAGGGAGCAGGUAAUGAUGAAUAAAUGCAAAGUUUUAUUGAAUAAUCUAUCAUGCAGAGCAAGAAAAAGGAGAAAACUAUAAACAACUGGUCUAAAAUCAAAGAUCGAAAUUCAAACUAUCAUAUGUAUAAGAAGGGAUUUUAGCAUCUCUUGAAAGAAAUUUAAGAAAGUACACAAAAUCUUUCGAAGAUUCGAGGAGGCACUAGUAUUUACGAAGAUUCUGGAUUGAAAGAGGUCAUAUCAAGUGAGUCUAAUGCACCGAUUCUAUAGGACAGAAGAUUAAAGGCCAAUAUAAGGAAUAUAAUUGCUAGUUCCCCAACAGAAUGUAUAUUCUAAAGAGUAUUAACAACAAAUAACAAUCAAAGUGUCCAAAAUAGUGCUUAAAAUACUAUUACUGAUCGCCCUAUCAUUGUUUAAUAAUACACACUAAGCUAAUCAAAUACUGCUUCGAUAUCUAAUAUCAAUCAAAGCCAGAUUUUAAAGAAUGAUAGUGUAUUAUUCAAGGAAAGAGAUGCUCAGAUAAGUGCAUAAAGACUUAAGAAGAAUUUCAAGGAUUUAAUGUUCCCGAGCAAUCCAGCUUUGUUUGUUUAGAAAGGAGGAGGCCUUAUAAAUUUCAGUCAUUAAAAUAAAAGCCAUCUUUCAAGUGGUUUUAGCAGUAGAAGAAAUAUUUCGAGACUAUAAAGUCCCUCACCAGAGACUGUACAGAAUUUUGAUGAGCUGAGAGCAGGCCUCUCAAAAUUGGAGUAGAUUUCAAAGAGAGUGCUCAAUCAAUAGCAUUAGACUGAGCCACAGCUAAGCUUUAUGAAAGACUAUUGUAAAAAGGAGCAGGUUUUCUUUAAUGAAAAUGACAGGAUAUAGUAUCUAAAGUAGAAAAGUAAAAGCAACUUUUCAUUUUACAAGAAAACUUUCGAAAAUACAGCUAACAUUUUAUUUGAUGGUAAAAAAGAUAAUUUAACUAGUCUUACUGACAGAGAAAUAUAGCAGUAAAUAGCCAAGCUUGAACCAAGCUCAAUUACAUAGAAAUUGAAGCAGCUUAAGAUAAGUGCAAAAGAAGCAGACCUUUCAGGAAUUUCUAAACUUAACUCUGUAAAUUUAGGACCUAAAAAGGAAACCGAAAAUAAAUUUAACUUUCAUAACUAGCAGUAGAUAAAACUCGAGCCAAUAGCCGAAAAUAAGCAAUAACUAAUUAGAGCUGAGUUUGAGAAAUUCUCAAAAAUUUUAGACUCAACUAAGAUAAUACCAGCAAAGAAACACAGAAAACGAAGAAGUUCCCCAGAUCCUAUCAACAAGCUUUCAAGGACUCUAUAGAAAUACAAGAAUCAAAGAGAAAAAUCAGAGCAAGUACUUAUACGAACAAUGGAGAAGGUCAAAUUGGAUAAAGCAAUUUUAUUUAGAGAGAAACUGGAUACAAUAUGGAAGGAUUAACUUUAUUAGACUGAUUUUGAUGCUAUUAAGUAUGAUUUGCUUAAGUCUAAGACAAAGAGAAAGGAUCUUUACUUGAAGCAGGUUGAGAAUUACAAUACUCUAUUGAAAUUUUUAAAGGAGAGAGAGGUUCUUCCUGUAGCUGAAGAAAAAUAGAUACUAGAUGCGUUAAAGAUUGUUCUUGAUAACUAAUGGAUUCUUGGCGAAAAAGAAUUACUUCAAAUAUUUGAUCUAGUAGGGCUGAAUGAAGGAAGAGUGAAGAUUGAUGUGGAUAAUUUAUCAUUUUUAGAGUUUAUAUAUCUGAUAGCCAAACUCUAUGAGAUUGAUAUGAAGCUAAUACAAGACUACUUUCUACAUAAGGAUAUAAAUUGA